CAAAGACCAAAUGGACAAUCCCAAGAUUCUCUUCGUCUCGCAGCCCGUAGGAUUCCCCGUACCAUCAGUCAACACGAGCUACGAAGUGGAGAAGGUGGUAUUGGACGAUUUUCGCCUUGAUGGCGGCAUUCUGAUCGAGGCCAUCCUCCUCUCCCUCGACCCGUACAUGCGCGGCCGCAUGAACGUGAAUCACGACAGCUACAUCGAGGCCUUUGUUCCGGGAAAGCCACUUCAGGGUUUCGGCGUGGCGCGCGUUGUACGCUCCGGACACCACUCCUUCCACGAAGGUCAGAUGGUAACGGGCAUGAUCGAUUUCAGCAAGAUUAGCGUCAUCGAUAAAGAAAACAUUGCCAAAAUCUCGCGCUGUCCUUCCGUCGCACCUCUUGACCCAUCGGCCUGGCUCGGCCCUCUUGGAAUACCAGGCUUCAGCGCAUUUGUUGGCUUGAGGCUUCUCGAUGAGCUUAUGCCGAACUCACCAGAGCCAGGGAAUAAGUUGCUGGUCUCCGGCGCGUCCGGUGGCGUAGGAAUGGUGGCAGGACAGCUAGCAAGACAAAGGGGAUGGCAAGUCGUUGCUGUCACGGGCUCGGACAGGGGUAUAGAAGCACUCCGAGCUGUAGGCACCGAGUACAUCGUGGAUCGACGCACCAACAUUCACGACCAACUGCGUCGUCUGGCUCCGCUUCAGGCCUUUUUCGAUGGGGUCGGCGGAGAAGUACUCGAUGCAUUUCUUGCUGUAGCCGCGCCACACGCGACAAUCAUUGCUUGUGGCAUGUUGUCGCAAUUUGGGGGGAACGGUUUCUCUCACGGGAUACGCAAUCCGUUAGCAUUUGUCACAAAAAGCAUCACGCUUCGCGGGUUCGUGGCUUCGGACUACUUGCACCUCAAGCAGACAUUCCUCGACGAGUUGAUGCCACAGUUGGUCAGCGGCGACCUGCAGUGGCUGCCCAGCUUCGUGCAAGGUUUCGACAAUCUCGAAGAAGCGUUCGUAGACCAAGUGUUGAGGGGUAACAAGGUUGGAAAAGUCAUCGUCAAAGUAUAAGUAAGCCUCCGCUCCGUUGGCAUCCACUCCAGAGUCAAGGAUCUGGAAAUGCUUGAAAUGAACAGCUUCCUCGACCACACACAUACGGACGUGUGUCGCGACAAACCUAUAGGUUACAAUGACAGAGC